AUGUCUGACAAUGCUUCACCUCCUCCUGGUGUGAAGAUGCCAAAGAAACGCGACCCCCGCUUGCGUAAUCUUCAGCAACCGGGACAAAAGCAGUUUUUUGAUUCAGCGGAUUAUGAAGUGAGACGACAGGGCGACAAACCACCGGGUAUUAUUGUGCCGGAGGUAACUCCACUGCAACCACACAAUCCACGAGAGGAGAUGAGAUGA